UCCUUCCUCUUUGAAUAAGGGUCUCGCUUUCCAUUUCCCUUUUUCAUCUUUGCUUCGGGAUUUCCGCUUCCAAGAGAGUGCGAGAGAGAGGGAGAGCAGAUGGCGGUCGCGGAAGCUUGGGAGACGGUGCAGAAGGCAAUCGAGGCAUACACCGGUCUAUCGCCGGCGAUCUUCUUCACGGUGCUGGCGAUAGCCUGGGCGCUUUACCACUCGUUGGUGGGGUUCCUGGCGCCGCCGCCGCCGCCGCCUCGCUCAAGGGAGCGGGAGGAGGAGCCCCUGCCGCCGCCUCUCCAGCUCGGGGAGAUCACCGAGGAGGAGCUCCGAGUCUACGAUGGAUCCGAUCCUAAGAAGCCGCUCCUCAUGGCCAUCAAGGCUCAGAUCUAUGACGUCACCCAAAGCAGGAUGUUCUAUGGGCCUGGUGGGCCGUAUGCUUUAUUUGCAGGCAAAGAUGCAAGUCGUGCAUUGGCAAAGAUGUCAUUCGAACCAACAGAUCUGACCAGUGAUAUCUCUGAUCUAGGUCCUUUCGAGCUUGAGGCUUUGCAGGAUUGGGAAUACAAAUUCAUGAGCAAAUAUGUGAAAGUUGGGACAGUCAAGAAGGCAGUCCCUGAGUCUUCUGACUGUGGCCCUUCUGAAGUAACUGAGGGCACACAACAGGAUGUAUCCUCUGAAACAGGUGUGAGCAGAGAGCUGCCUGCAGAAACCAAGGAGGCUGAUCUUGACGCAGAGCCACCAACGGAGAAGGUUGUGAAAUCAGAUCAUCAUGAAGUGGAGCAACUGGCAGAAGUGAAUAGAUCUGAAGCUGACGACGGUCAUGUAGAGGUGAAAGAACUCGGUAGCAGCAAAGAUGCCAAAGAUUGAUUCCCUUCGCCGUUAUAUUAGCUCUUUCGCGACUCCCUCCGCCUUUGCACUAGCAUUAGACAACUUGUUAUUUUGGGUGCAUGAUUUUUCAUACAAUCUUGUUGCAGUUUCCGUGUUGACUCGUAUAUGCUCUAUUUGCGAAUAAAUGUUGUCUAGUUGCUCUCUUUUCGUA